AACCCCUGAACCCGCGCCGCCUCCUAUAUAACCACGCUUGGCACCGCGCCGGACGCCGAGCAGAGCAGAGCACGCCGUCGCCGCUCUUUCGUUCCCGUCACCGGUGAUUCCGAGGGAACAGGGGACAGAGAGCAAUGCCGCGCGCUCCCGUCGCCACGCUGCUCUCGCUCAGCCGGAGGGGCUACGCCGCGGCGGCGGCCGGAGCGGAGGUGCACCAGCGCGCGGCGGCAAUGGCGGCGAGGGGCUCGGCGUCGGCGGGUGUUAGUAACUCGGCGGCGGCGUCCAGGGAGGUGUUCUGGAUGAGGGACCCGCAGACGGGGUGCUGGGCCCCCGAGGACCGCUUCGCCGACGUCGACGCGGCCGAGCUCCGCGCGCGCCUGCUCUCCAGGAAGGACUAGGGAGGAGCUGGUCCUUUCGGUUGAUGAUGAACCAUUCAACCCAUUGACGAUUCAAACUUGAUGAAGCCGAGUAAUAACCUCCAUUUGCUAGAAUUCUGCGGCUCCAUCUCCAAACCAAUUGAAAUAACCGAAACAGUGAAAUGUUAGGCAGCCCAAUCAAAGAUACUCCUAAAAUGCUUCUGUUAUAUCUGGAAUCCUAAUUGCUUUUAUUUCUCUAAGAUUUGUGUUGUUAUCCUUCAUGAAAAGGACAUGCUCAACAAAGUUAAGUUGAUUUGUUUGA